AUGGAGAACAAGAACAACGUGACAGAAUUUGUUCUACUGGGGAUCACAGGAAACCCAAAGAUGCAAAAAGUCAUAUUUGCUGUGUUUUUGGUCAUCUACAUCCUCACUGUGGUAGGAAAUAUACUCAUUGUGGUCACCAUCACCACCAGCCCAUUGGUGGGAUCCCCCAUGUACUUUUUCCUGGCCUAUCUCUCCUUUAUUGAUGCUUGCUAUUCCUCUGUGAAUACCCCUAAACUGAUUGUAGAUGCACUCCAUAAAAGAAAGACCAUCCUAUUCAAUGAAUGUAUGACUCAAGUCUUUGGAGAACAUUUCUUUUCAGGUGCUGAGGUCAUCCUUCUUACUGUGAUGGCUUAUGACCGUUAUGUGGCCAUCUGCAAGCCCUUGCACUACACAACCAUCAUGAACUGGAGACUAUGUGGUCUGCUAAUUGGAGUCUCCUGGGCUGGAGGCUUUCUCCAUGCAACUAUACAGAUCCUUUUCUUGUUUCGAUUACCCUUCUGUGGCCCUAAUGUCAUAGAUCACUUUAUGUGUGAUCUGACCCCUUUGCUCAAACUUGCCUGCACUGAUACCCACAUUCUAGGGUUCUUUGUUGCUGCCAACAGUGGGUUCAUGUGUGUGUUAAACUUUCUCCUUUUGCUGGUCUCCUAUGUGGUCAUCUUGUACUCUUUAAGGGCCCACAGCUUAGAUGGGCGGCGUAAGGCCCUGGAAACUUGUGUUUCCCACAUCACAGUGGUCGUCUUAUUCUUUGUGCCCUCAAUAUUUGUGCACAUGAGACCAGCAGUCACUUUACCUGUUGACAAAGCAGUUGCUGUAUUCUACACCAUCAUAACUCCCAUGUUAAAUCCUUUAAUCUAUACCUUGAGAAAUGCCCAGAUGAAUAACGCUCUUAGGAAGUUGCUCAGUAGGAAAGUUAUUUCAGGUGACAAAUAA